CUUCGCUUGUGCCAACAAUAACGAAGAAUAACCGUAUUGUCAUUUUUGCAGCGUAUCUGUUACUGUUCUAUGCAGCACGACUUUCGACUUGCCCCCCUGUAGACAGUACACUUACAUGUAUGAUUCGAUUUAGUCCUUGAAAUUUUCCAAACAUAGCGAAACUAGGAUACUACAAACAUGACGAUAUUCUUCGAGUAUUUUCCGAUUGGUGAAGCCGUCGGGACGGCGGCAAUGCGAGGCAGUGCAGGAACCGCAAGCAGCACCGAAGACGAAAGAAAAUUUCCUUACAACCAGUCUUUUAUCUCUGCCGACGAUCAAACUUUCUGGGUGUUGGAACAGGAUGGUGCUGUUGCUGGUGUAUCCAAAGACCUACCUGCGCCAGGAGCUACAGGCUCAUCACCAUCAUCUUCUUCAUCUAGUGGUACGUCGUCAAAGUCACCAAGCCGCAACACUGCGACCUGGCGCCGGUACCGUCUCGCCACCUGGGAAGAGCGCGCUGUCGAUUUUUUUCUCGCGAAAAAGGCCGCUGUUAUGUCAUCAUUCCCGACGACUUGGAUAAGUUCACUUGCAAGAACCAAAAGACCCUCCCAAACAACAGAAACCAGGACCAGACCAACCCUCCACCAUGUCCGUGCGAUCCGGUUAUGGGACCUUGGAACAGACGAAAAGACCGUUUUGCAAAAACUAGACCAGAAUUUCGUCACUUCCUUCGAGCUUCGGGAACGGUCCGCACACCUGGGCUUGUUUGGCUUGCUGUUCAACCUGCGGCACACCGUGAUCGCGGUUCAGAUGAGCAAUGGGAAGGAGGUCCUGGUGGACAAAAACGCGGAUACGGGGGUCUGGUGUCGACAUUUGGGGAGGGGGGAGGAACUUUUUUUGUGGAAGAAGUAUGGGUUUUUGGAUUCGGUAUUUUUCCACAACAAGAUUUGGAUUUCCACGUCGGCCGAGAAGAAGAUCCUGGUAGAGCAAAAACUGUUCACCCGUUGUACACCUACAGGGACAACUGAUAGUACCGUAGGAAAUUCUUCAUCAUCAUCUCAGGAUGUUGUCACCCGCGCGGAACCAUCCACUCCGGGCGACGGCGGGGGGCAAACUUUCGAGAUAGUCAACGGGCCAAACAAGGAAGAUCAGCUGCACUACAUGAAACACGGAGAGAGUAAGAACAGGAGUAACAGCGGCACAAAUACAAUCCACUUCCAGCUACCUUGCGCUGCCAGUUCUGAUAUUUCUUCACCUUCUACUUCAUGUGCUCCAGAAACGAAGCUGGAAAACGGCAAACAACAUCUCGCCUUCACAACGUUCUGGCAGCAGUUUGUCACUUCUGUUCCUAGCUACUCGGAACCCAUGGACAGCUCGAAUUGCCAGAAUUUUUGCAGCGAGCUGCUACAAAAGUUGGCCGAGGAAAGGGUGAUAAACUGCGAAUUGACACCGGUUGGAGGAAGUUGCACGGUGGAGUUUGAUGAAAGGAGGAGCAAGACGAGGAUGACAGAUGAGGACCAGGAUAAAGGAUCUACUCCUACUGUCGGGGAUGAUCCCGACAGACAUCUUCAUCCUGGCGCAUCAACAUCAAUUCGUGAAGUGGCUUCUUCUUCUUCGUCUCUGAAAUGGGGACUACCUCUGACUGAUGUUCAAGUGCUGGAGACCGAGAGAAUCAGUAUUCUUGACGGUGCAAGUGCAAGAAUUAAAUCUGGUGCAGACGACGUCGCCGGCUCACUAGAGCAGGGGAAAGUUGUAGACCAUCAGCUCAUCGUGAAUGGAAAACCCGCACGAGGAGCAAGUCCGCACGUCACAGUCAGUGAGGAGGAGGACCAGGAUGCUAGUACAACUGGCGGCGUUGCAGGAGAAACGGUUUGUUCCUUUUGGACAAUAAAUCCAAACACGGCCGUUGUCGAUGCCGAUGAACUUCUAAAACUAGACCAAGACAACGGGCACUUUCCCCUGGCACCAAAAUCCAACCCUCUGAUGAAUACCUUGCUCUUCUGUUUGGACGGCUUUCAGCUCAGCUUCCAGACGCUCGGCAAGCAGAUGCGAGACGUUAUCGAGGACAACUACCACACGACGCCGCUACUGGAGGACAAAGUGUUUUUCGACACGGAAUUGAGGGGGAGCAGUACUUUCACAGCGAGUCUGCAGCAGCAUUUGCUUUCACCCGCCGUAGCGAUGUUUGUGACGAUGCUGAAUGCCGCCGCGAAAGCAACAAACCCAACAUAUGAAUACAAUGGGCGGGAAUCUGAGUUCUGCCUGUAUAGGCUGAGGUUUCUGACGACCCUCGGCAGAUUUCCUGCUCUGACUGGACCAUCAAAACGGCAGAACAACAUGAGGACAAGUGCGAACCACCAUCCUGCUGCCCGAAGCACGGCUGGUGCUGCAGGCGAGGCGGAGAUGAGACAUAAUCACAGGCUGGCACCAGCGAAAAUUCAUUAUGGCUACGUUUAUGAACUGACUCCAAUACUUACUGCAGCGUUUCAAGCGAAAAGUGGAACUAAUGUAAAUCAAGACAGCUGCAGAAGCACUUCGCGUUUCCCGAUACGGAACGAGGGUUUUGGAUUGUUUCUUCGAAAGCACCACUAUGUAGAUUCAGAAUUCAAAGCGGAACCCGAUCCAUACAGCUACGUAACAAAGUCUUUGCUGUCCUGGUGGUGCAAAACAAAAGUGAUACAAGACAUCGUCGCACCAACAUGGAUGAAAAACUUCGCGCUUGUGCUGGACGAAAGAUCUUACGAAAAAGAAACGGAAAAGCUUUCAUGUGUGCAAAAUAACAAUACCAUGCUGCACUCGAUUCACCAAUCUUAGCGGAGGAGCCUGUCUUUUUUGGUGCUGGC